AUGACUAUCUCUUCCCCCCGCUUGUGGUAUACUCUCCUGGCUAACUUGCCAUUGGCCAUAGCAAUACGCCAGCCUCAUUACAUCUUAAGGAUCGCUAGCGAGAACAUUACCGUUGCGUGUAGGACACGGCUUUCAGCUGUAGUCAAUGGAACCGUCCCUGGACCUGCUAUAUAUCUGAAAGAGAAUCAGACAACCUGGGUUAGGGUAUACAAUGAUCUGUUACACGACAAUACCACUAUGUUUGUCGCUCCAUAUUCCGAUGGAACGCCUCAAGCAAGCCAGUGGCUUAUCAAGGCUCAAAAUUUCUUUGACUACGAACUCAGACCUGAAAUUGGUGCAGCUGGCUCAUCCUUCUAUCACUUUCAUGUCGGAUUUCAAGCAGUAACCGCUUCUGGGCCCCUGAUUGUGGAGGAGGCGGAUGGAGAGGUGCCAUAUGAUUAUGACGAGGACAGAAUGAUAUCCUUUUCCGAGCUGUUUAAUAACACGGACAAGGCAGUCGAAGAUGCGCUAACCGCUCCUUUGAAACGGCUCCAGGUCAACGGAAACGGAUUUCCGGCGCUCCUCGGGAAUGAAACAGAUGCAUUUGGAAAGCUUCCUGAUAAUGCACCUCCGUCAAGCUCCAACGAUACAUGCCACCCUGAAAUUAUCCAAGUGGAACCGAACAAGACAUAUAGAUUCCGAGCAAUCGGAGGUGUGGCAUUGAGUCCGUUAGUUUUCACUCUUGAAGAUCAUCGAAAUCUCACCAUUGUCGCCGCAGACUCCUAUUAUACGCAACCAGCAAGUACGGAUAUUAUCCAAAUGGGUGGCGGACAGCGAUACGACUUCUUACUCCGUACUAAGACAGAGGAUGAACUAAAAGUCCUUGGCAAAACUGAUUUUUGGGUGCAGAUUGAGAGUAGAUAUCGUGAAGAAAACAGUACUUUUUAUGCGCUUUUGUCCUACACCUCGAACCAGUCAGCUAGCGCAGCGCCGUCAUCGCCUCCGGGCCAACAUCCCGUGUCAAUUCCAUAUUCCUUACAGGACUGGAUGGAAUAUACCCUUGAGCCCUUAAAUCAAAUGGGUUUCCAAGCUCUGAUAAAGUAA